UGGUCGCUUAACGUCAGCUCGGAGCUCUAACUCGCCCUGAAACUGUAAUGCUGUAAUGCUGUAACUUACUCGGAUCAUGCUCGUCGAGGUGAGCGAGCCUCGUCUUCAGAGCGGCCAGGGCAUCUUGUUAGAUUUUUGCAGAACGGUCGCGCCUCCCCACCCUCUCCGACCCGGGGAUGGAUGGAGGGCUACUCUCACCCAACACGACCCGUCCUGAAGCUGACCUCAACCAGCAUCCGCCAACCUUGGCUUGGAUCCUAGUGGCGAGGGCUAGGCCAGCCGAGGAGUUGCCAUAGGCAGGAGGGGAGGGGAGCAUACAGCGAUAGAGUGGGUGCUCAGCUCUCUGCAAAGAAUGGAGCGACCUGGGAAUCCCGUGACACACUACAUAUAAAUCCCUGCACUCGAUCUCAGAGAGUAGUGCGAGAGGUUGAGUCUUCGGUGGUGAGUCCUGCAAACCGACUCAGACUCGCUCUGUCCUUCGUCGCCAUCCUUUAAUCUCUCUCUCUUUCCCAUCAAACGCGGCUGCUCGUGUGCCGCUGCAUGCACGGGCACCUGCGAGCUUCAGUAGUCGAGCGGUUUUUCCAGCCCAGCUCUGUCCAGCUUCUUUGUUUCUUUUUGCCACUCGCGCAUGCGAAUGCGGCUCGAGUGAGUAGAUAGUGUCACGAAACAUUCGGCGGAGUUUGAGUUCUUUGAUUCCGCUUUGACACGCCAGUCGCCAUCCACGACUGUGCAGUGCGAGCUCGAUAUACACCUAGCGACUCGAGCGGAGGAAAUCUCGUGUCCAUCCUAUCUGCACUGCAUCCGCAUUUCUAGACACUUCAUCGCCCUGUUCAUGGUUCUCCGGAGCCUACAUUAUCCCGGACUCCGCAGUUUUGCAGCUGCAGAACAACCUCUUUCGUUCUCCCCGAGCUGACCACGAAGACGAGCUCGUCCGGACAGGGCCACGAGUCUAGACGCCAAUGUUUUGGUCCCUUGUCGGAGCGAUCGUCGUCGGCCACUAAAACUUCUGAGUUGCACAUCGUCCUGGAAAUUCUGACGUGAGGAUCCAUCUGGGUCUCAAAAUGGCUCGGAGAAAUACAGAAAGCUGCCGGGCCAAGAGAAUUCUUGGGCUCGUUCUUCUCGUUAGCUGCAUCCUCAGCUCUUCCGCAGUCGAUAAUGAUUUUGUCGAGGAUCAGAAAAUCGGGAUCAACUAUGGCAGGAUUGCAGACAACAUCCCCAACCCGACGCAGGCGGUGGCUUUGAUGAGGCAAAUGAACAUUGGAAAAGUGAGAAUCUACGACGCCGAUGCUUCAGUGCUCACGGCUUUGGGAGACUCGGGCCUUCAAGUUGCUAUGUCAGUCACGCACGAUCUCAUCGGAGGAUUGGCCGGAGACGCGAACGUCGCAGACCAGUGGAUCCAAGCCAAUGUCGUCGCCUACCCGCGCACGCAAAUUAGAUUCAUCAUAGUCGGAAACGAACUCUUCUCCUACCCCGCCCUCAACCUCACCUGGUACCAAGUGCUCCCAGCAAUGAACAAUUUGCACGACUCGCUCGUCAAAAGGGGUUUGUCGGACACAGUGAAAAUCACCACCUCCUUGGCCAUGGACAUCCUGGGGCUCUCGUACCCACCUUCGGCCGGACAGUUCCGCAGCGACAUUGAGAUGUCACUCAUGAAGCCCAUUCUGGCUCUGCUCACCAAGACACACUCGACCUUGUUCGUCAAUGUGUACCCAUACUUCGCCUGGGCCAGCAAUCCCACCGACAUCUCGGUAGAUUAUGCUCUAUUCGGAAAUGGCCCGCAGCUGGUUCCAGUUCAGGACGGAACGUAUGUUUACAAGAGUCUUCUGGAUGCCCAGCUCGACGCAUUGAUCGCUGCCAUGGACAAAGUGGGAUACGGGGAAGCCAAAAUCGCUGUCGGUGAAACAGGGUGGCCCACUGCUGGAGAUGCAAGCCAAACUGGAGCCAACAUCGCCUACGCUGCCUACUACAACAGACGUCUGGUUCGCCGUGUGCUGUCCAGCCCCCCCACGGGAACUCCCAAGAGAGCAGGAGUGUUCAUCCCCACCUACCUCUUCGCUCUCUUCAACGAGGAUCAGAAGCCCGGACCUGCUACUGAGCGCAAUUGGGGACUCCUGUAUGCCAAUGGAUCCGAAGUGUACCCGGUCGACCUCACAGGAAAGCUGCAGGAUGACGCCUAUCCUCCUCUCCAAGUUCCUACCGCCACCACGCCUCCAGCAACCGAUCCCAAGGACUCGGCAGGCUCGCCUGCCACUUCCCAGCCCUUCGUCACAGCCGGGACUUGGUGUAUUGCGAAUCCUGCUGCUACACCUGAAACUUUGCAGCCUGCUCUAGACUACGCGUGCGGCCAAGGUGGUGCCGAUUGCGCUCUCAUUCAAGCCGGAGCUGCGUGCUACCUUCCCAAUUCUCUCCAUGAUCACAGCUCCUACGCCUUCAACCAGUACUACCAAACGCACAAGAAGACUGGCGGCACUUGCGAUUUCGGCGGAACUGCCCAGCUCAGCACCGUAGAUCCAAGUUCCGGAACCUGCACCUACUUAUAUGUCGAGCCAUGAGCGAAGCAGGAAUCAUGUAUAGAAAGAAGGCCUCGUUCGUCAGCGGCGCACAAGUGCACAAGUAUCUCGCGUGAAGGCCUUCGCGCAGAACAUCAUGUAUUGUAGUCCAUUAGUCUUCACUCAACAAGACGACCCAGGAAAGAAGCAACUUAGGGUGCCCAGGCGCAGAGGCUUUCGUUGAACAAGAGCACAGUCCGGUGGUUCUUCCGGAAGGGAGGCUGGAUGUCAUUUUCCUGGCGGAGGGGAGCAUUCGGACCCAUCUGGAAGGAUGGAUGUCUGCCUGUCAGCUGCGCGGCAGCUGACAGCUACUAGUAGCCAAUGAUUCGAGCUUUUGCUUGUGCAGAUCGUCAGAGAAAGCUUGCGUUUCCGAUUUGAGAGUAUGUUGUGGGCUUUUUUCUGUACAACCGUGUUCCCUUGUCGACCUGUCCUUUGUCCAUCAAAUUGAGGGAUGCGAUGUCGACCUGUUGUGUCCAUCUACCCUUUGGGUGAGCAGAAUGAUUGUCUUCUUCGGGUGGAAUCAUUGUUCGCGCCCGAGAAGGUUCAGGGUUGUGAAAAUUCUGUUAGAGGAGAAAAGGAGUGCGUAGAAAAGCAAGAAGAGAGGAGAGAAUAGGGAAUCUGCCAGCAACGCGCCGGGCGGGUUCAGAGGCCUUUCAUAGAAGAAAAUAAGGCCAAUUGGAGACUUAGAGCGAGCGAGCUAGAGAGAGGUUCUGAUAUGAAGUUCGGAGGAUGUAUCUACAAUGUGAUUCCAAUAAAAUGCAAUUUUGCCCAA